GGCGGGAGACAAGUGGUGUGAAUAAAACCGAGAAAAUGGUCGGCGCAGCUACGACGGCGACAGCGGCGGCGACAUUCCGACCGAGUAUUAUGUCAUCUCUUAGCGGAAACUGCUGUUAUAUCCAAUCAGCAAAACCCAUUCAUCGUUUCUUUCGAUAUAACCCAGGUCAAAAACAAAUUUUAGUGCAACCACGAAGAUCAUAUAUUACAAAUCUUCUAUUCAACAGAAGCAGAAAUACAGAACUGCAAAAUGGCACACGUAAACGUUUAAAACCUGGGAAAUUGUCUCCACGCCGUCCUGUUCCAGAUCAUAUACUAAAGCCUCCAUAUAUUGCUUCUAAGAAGCCACCUGGCAUCGCCAGUGGGCCGGAAGUGCAUGAUGAAGAGGGUAUAGAACAUAUGAGGGCAUCUGGGAGGCUUGCUGCACAGGUUCUUCAGUAUGCUGGGACAUUAGUAAAGCCAGGUAUCACAACAGAUGCAAUUGACCAAGAAGUUCACCAGAUGAUUAUUGACAACGGAGCUUAUCCUUCACCUCUUGGUUAUGGUGGAUUUCCCAAGAGUGUGUGUACUUCAGUAAAUGAGUGCAUAUGCCAUGGAAUUCCCGAUUCACGUGAACUUGAGGAUGGUGAUAUUAUCAACAUAGAUGUUACUGUUUAUCUCAAUGGUUACCAUGGUGACACAUCAGCAACCUAUUUUUGUGGAGAUGUUGAUGAGAAGGCCAAAAAACUAGUGCAAGCAACUAAAGAAAGCCUAGACAAGGCCAUAGCAGUAUGUGCACCAGGAGUGGAGUUCAACGCGAUUGGGAAAAUUAUAAACGCACAUGCAGACAAGCAUCGGUAUGGUGUUGUGAAAUCGUUUGUUGGGCAUGGCGUAGGACGCCUUUUUCACAGUGAACCAGUCAUUCUGCACUACAGGAAUAACGAACGUGGACGCAUGGUGUUGAAUCAGACAUUUACCAUCGAACCCAUGUUGACCAUGGGCAGCAUACACCCGAUAAUGUGGGAUGAUAAUUGGACAGUGGUGACGGAGGAUGGCAGUUUGUCAGCACAGUUCGAGCACACCCUUUUAAUUACUGAAAACGGCGCUGAGAUAUUAACACAGUGUUAGAUUUUGAUUCAUAGAUCGGAUUGGUGUGCCCUUUAAACCAAACACAAGAUCAUUAAAGCAUCAGACACCUAUUCAAAAUUAGUUUUCUUUUGUCCAAUUCUAUUCUUUUGUAAUCUUCAGAAACAUUUUUGUUCUCAAAGUGAUCAGAAUAUGUACCAAAUGUUUGGGAAAUGGCAACCUUAAUCAUUGUUAGGCAAUGUUAAAUGCAAUUUUCUCAAAA